CCGCGGCAACAAAUUUUGUAUGAGACCGUCUUACAAUGAGAUGGAUUUAUAUAAUGAGUCAAUUUCUCUAAAUAAACAUUUUAAGAUUGUAAGUGACCUCUUUAAGGUUUUAAGUGAUCACUCUAACUCGCUGUAACUAUUAAAAAGUAAUUAUUUUAAAACGAUAAAUAAUCACUUUAAGAUAAUUGUACAUUAAGCUAAUUGAAUAAAGAUCGUCUCGCAAUUUUUGAGAAUUUGUGAAACAGCAAAUCUAAACAACGAAUGGGGCCAACGGGGCUUCCCAAACCCAUCAUCCGGGUAUAGUAUUUGCCCUUGUAGGUCGUGACCAUGUCCGGAGAUAAUCAGUUAUGGCAAUUUCAAGGUCUCAUCAAUGUCUUCCCCCUCUCUCAGACCCUUGUUCAUCUUCCUUCUCUUUGUCUUUAAAACCUCAUAAUACCCAUUUUCUUUCCCUUAUCAGACCUAUCAAAUUCAGCGUUUUCUGUUCUCAAAACACAAUCCUAACAGAAACCCAAAAAUCCCAACAUCUCAACAUUGAUUAUGAGUUUAAGAAGAAGAAACGAAAACCAAAACCAAGUUUUAGCGAUCAAAUCCGUGAAAAAUGGUCAGUUAAACCCAUUUCUCAAACUAAGAAAUUCCCAUGGCAAGUUCAGCAAGAAGAAGAUGAAGAUGAACCAUCAUCUUCUUUUUCAGAAGUUCCAUUACAAAUAGAGGAAACCCAAAAGAAAGAAUUGACCCAUCAGAUGAAAAAUCCCGAAAUUUCCUCUAUAUCGAGUAGCAAAAUUGAAGAACCCAGAAUUGUUUUCGAUAGAAAUUUGAAUCAAAGUUUGAGUAACACUGUAAGUGAACCUCUCAAUUCUGCUUUAGAUAAUACCAAUUUAAUUAAUACUUAUCAUAAUGGCAAUAGAAAGCAGUAUAAUGUUGAAGAAUUUUGUGGGAAUUCAGUUGAAAUUUUAGCUUCUGAAAAAUUAGUUCAAUGUAAAGUUGAUGUUAAGGAAAAAGAAGAUAGUAAAGUAACAUUAUCUAGCACUAAUUAUGAUAAUGGCAGUAACAAUUCCUGGAAAGUUAAGUCUAGUAGUGAGAACUUUAUUCAAGGAAAGAGUAGAGAUAGGUUGCCAUGGAUUCCAGAAGCCGAAUCGGAGAAAUCAGAAGAGAGGAGCAAGACUGUCUUAGCAGAGAAAAUAAUCCCAGAACAUGAAUUGAAGAGAUUAAGGAAUUUAGCAUUGAGGAUGAAAGAGAGGCUAAAAGUUGGGGCAGCUGGUGUUACACAAGCCUUGGUUGUUGCAAUUCAUGAGAAAUGGAAGAUUGAUGAAGUGGUGAAGCUGAAAUUUGAAAGCCAAUCUGGGUUUAAUAUGAAAAGGAUUCAUGAUGUUCUUGAGAAUAAAACAGGAGGGUUGGUGAUAUGGAGAUCUGGUAGUUCAGUGGUGCUAUUCAGAGGAUUGAACUACAAACUAGAUUGUGUAAAAACAUAUAUGAAGGAGAAGACAGAAAAUUUAAAUGCUUCAACCUAUCCACAAAAACAUAUGCCUGAUUCCAUGAGACUUCAAAAGAAAUGGUCUGAAGAAGAGUCAGAAGAAAUUCGUGUGCUGAACCGCAUGUUGGAUACGUUGGGUCCACGAUAUGUAGACUGGUCUGGCCCUCCUCCAUUGCCUGUCGAUGCGGACUUACUUCCCGCAAUGGUUCCUGGAUAUAAAACUCCAUUUAGACUUCUUCCUUAUGGUGUGCGGCGUGGAUUAAGAGACGAGGAAACAACAGGAUUGCGUAGGACUGCGAGGAUUACCCAUCCGCAUUUUGCUUUGGGGAGGAGCAGAGAACUCCAAGGUCUUGCUGCAGCUAUUGUAAAAUUAUGGGCGAAAAGUGCUAUUGCUAAGAUUGCCAUAAAGCGCGGUGUAUUAAAUACGUGUAACGAAAGGAUGGCUGAGGAGCUGAAGAGACUGACAGGAGGGACAUUACUUUCAAGAAAUAAAGAGUACAUAGUCCUAUAUCGAGGAAAUGACUUCUUGCCUCCAAAUGUGACAGUAUCGCUGAAGGAAAGGGAAAGGCUGACAGUGCUUCAGUACGAGGAAGAAGAAGAGCGACGGAGUGCAUUAACUUUGGUUAAAUCAAAUUCAAAAAACUGUAAGGUUCCCAUGGUUGCUGGCACUCUUGCAGAAACUGUUGCUGCGACCUCCCGUUGGGGAAAGCAACCAAGUAAUGAAGAUGUGGAGAAAAUGUUGAAAGAUUCCGCUCUGGCUAGACGUGCUUCACUGGUCACUUAUCUUAAUAAUAAAUUAGCGAUCGCAAAUGCAAAGCUAAAGAAGGCUGAGAAGGCUUUAGAAAAAGUGCAGGGAUAUCUUGAGCCGGAAGAUCUCCCUACGGAUUUGGAAACAAUAACUGACGAGGAGAGAUUAGUAUUUCGUAAAAUGGGCCUAAGCAUGAAGCCAUACUUGCUUGUGGGAAGAAGAGAAGUGUUUGAUGGUACAAUAGAAAACAUACAUUUACACUGGAAAUUCAGGGAGUUGGUGAAGGUAAUUGUGAAGGGGAAAACUUUUGCACAAGUAAAACAUUUAGCGAUUUCCUUGGAGGCAGAGAGUUCUGGUGUGCUUGUCUCUAUAGAUAAAACUACCAAAGGAUAUUCAAUCAUUAUUUAUCGAGGAAAGAACUAUCGGCAACCUAUCAAAUUGCGGCCUAGAAACCUGCUUACAAGAAGACAGGCUUUAGCUCGGUCAAUCGAGCUGCAAAGACGUGAGGGCCUGAAGCAUCAUAUCUCAAAUUUACAAGAACAAAUGGAGUUGCUGAUGUCUGAACUAGAGGAGAUGAAAGAUGAAAAAGAAAUUGAUGAUAAAACGUUUUAUGAGAAAUUGGACAAUUCUUUUAUUCCUUCCGAUGAUGAAAUGGAAGAGGAUGAAGAUGAAGAGGCUUAUUUGCAAACAUAUGUUAGUGGAGAUGAAAAUGGUGCCUACUUAGAUGCUGAGCUUUCCCAAGAUGAGAAUUGAUUUCUUGUUGGAAUCUUUUGAUGAUCAGUAACUUGUAUUCAGAUGCAUAUAAAUUACCAUCGUAAUACAAGCAUUAAGACGUAAUGUAAAUAGAGAUUUGGAUCUUGUCUUAGUUGGAGCAAGUAUCGCUCUCUCCAGCAAAGUCCUGGGUUCGAUUCUCACCGAACCCUCUUCUUCCUCGGUCCCCUGUAAUCAAACAAAAGAAAUGUAAUAUAAAUGAAAAUUUUCGGUGUAAAUAGUUUUUUCAUUAGUUACAUAUUGUGCACAAGUUGUACCCUUGUGGAAACUUAGCUGAUUCAUUUUUAUCAUUAGUUCUGAUUUAUUUUUUUCA